AUGGCCGACACGCAAACAAAAAACAAUGGCAAUGUUGGGGGGCCGCACGACCUUGGGAACGGCAAGCACCAGAUCCUGUUGAAUGCUUUUGAUAUGUCAACAAUCGGUCACUUGUCGCCUGGUCAGUGGAAGAAUCCCAAGGACAAAUCGGCAACCAAGCGAAAGCUAGACUACUGGAUCGAACUGGCUAAAACUCUCGAGCGAGGCGGCAUUAACGCGCUCUUUCUGGCCGACUCGUAUGGUGGCUACGACACGUACGAAGACAGCCUUGACAACUGCAUCCGCCGGGCAGCGCAAUGGCCCAUAACGGACCCCAGCAUACCGAUCACGGCUAUGGCAGCUGUGACAAAAAAUCUUGCGUUUGGGAUUACUGCGUCGACCUCCUUUGAGCCUCCUUUCCUCUUGGCCAAGCGCUUCUCAACACUGGACCACCUGACGAACGGACGCAUUGCCUGGAAUAUUGUCACGUCGUGGAAGAAAUCAGCAUUUAAAGCUAUCGGCCUAAGUGUUCCAAUCGAACACGAUUUACGGUAUGCGCAGGCCGACGAGUAUCUGCGGGUGACUUACAAGCUUUGGGAGGGUUCCUGGGCUGACGAUGCCGUAGCGCCAGAUUCUGAAAAUGAUAGCUAUGCAGACCCAGGCAAGGUGCGGACAAUCAACCAUGAGGGUCAGUUCUACAAUUUGAGCUCGAAGCAUAUUGUCGAUCCGUCUCCACAGCGCACGCCUUUUCUGUUUCAGGCUGGUACCUCGCCUGCUGGUUCUGCCUUUGCGGCACAGCACGCAGAGGCCGUCUUCGUGUCAGCACACUCGCCUGCGGUGCUGCGGCCCAAAGCCGACAACAUUCGCCGCCUGGCUGCCGAGGCCGGCCGCGAUCCGCGGUCAAUCAAGUUUUUCGCCACAUUUACGCCCAUACUCGGCCGGACCGACGAGGAAGCAGAAGAGAAGCACACCGAAUUCAAGAAAUACGCUUCGACCGUCGGAGGCCUGGUGCUGUUCAGCGGGUGGACCGGCAUUGACAUCUCCAAGCUGCCGCUAGACAAGGAAAUCACGCGUGAUGACUCGCAGGUGGCGGACAAGGUGCGCAGCAUCUUGGACUCCUUUGUCACGACUAGCAAGAACAUACCCAAGUGGACACCGCGUGUGAUCGCCGAGCGGGCCUGCAUAGGCGGCCUGGGUCCCGUGUCGGUGGGCAGCCCGCAGACGGUAGCGGACGAACUGGAGGAAUGGAUUCGCGAGGCGGACAUUGACGGCUUCAACCUUGGCUACGUCAUCACACCUGGCAGCUUUGAGGACGUUGUGGACCUUCUUGUGCCCGAGCUCCGUCGCCGUGGUCUGUAUCCGGAGCUGCCUUCCCCCUCGGACCAGCCACUCACAAGCCGGGAGAAGAUUUAUGGCAAGGGGCAGAGCGGUCUCCGAGUCGACCAUCCCGGCAGCAGGUACAAGUACGCCGUUUACGAAGAGGACCCUCCGUAUGUAGCUGCGGAAGCAGUUGCGACAGCGGUCAAGACAGGAGGCAGCCAACCAAACAUCUGA